GCGUUUGGCUGAGCUGUCACUUGGUUUGCUCUCAGAUCAACUGAGCAGGCAUCUAAUUCAUUUCAUUACUGGCUGCCAGAGGAGUCAUGGCAGAGGAAAAGGAGCAGACAGGAGCCUCCUGGGAGGACCUGCCACUACCUGAUGAUUAUCCUGAACCACAUAUGGAGGACAAAGCUGUGCUGAAUGGAGAGGCAGAGGGAGAUAAAGAUCAGGUGGUAAAAUGCAGCCCGAACCUGCUGCAGAUGCUGAAGGCGGCAGAGAGCAGGUGGACCCCUCAGGGUCAGGACAGAGACAGGGCAGGGGUGUCUGGGACAGGAGAGCCUGUUACCGAAGCUCUGAAGACUGACAUGCAAAUACAGCUCACUGACGAGAAGCAGGAAUUCAACAAACGUCCCACCAAGGCAGGUCGUCGCUCUCUGUCUCGGUCCAUCUCACAGUCCUCUACAGACAGCUACAGCUCAGUGUGUAGCGACAGCUCUGAGGAUGAAUCAACACCCAGAGACAAGCUUCAGAAGACCUCCAUGGGCCUCUCAGACUUCUGCAUCAAAAACAUCAAACAGGCUGACUUUGGUCGCAGAGAAAUAGAAAUCGCACAGCAAGAAAUGCCAGCACUGAUGGUCCUGAGGAAAAGAGCAGGUGGGGAGAAACCUCUGGCUGGAGCCAAGAUUGUGGGCUGCACACACAUCACUGCACAGACAGCAGUGUUGAUUGAGACUCUGUGUGCGUUGGGGGCUCAGUGUCGCUGGGCGGCCUGUAACAUCUUCUCCACUCAGAAUGCCGUCGCUGCUGCUCUGGCUGAAGGAGGAACCUCAGUGUUUGCGUGGAGAGGAGAGUCAGAGGACGACUUCUGGUGGUGUAUUGACAAGUGUGUCGGUGCUGAGACCUGGCAGCCCAACAUGAUCCUGGAUGACGGAGGUGACCUGACCCACUGGAUCUAUAAGAAGUACCCGGCCCUGUUCAAGAAGACCAAAGGCAUCGUGGAGGAAAGUGUUACAGGCGUCUAUCGGUUGUACCAGCUGUCAAAGGCGGGCAGACUGUGUGUCCCAGCCAUGAAUGUUAAUGACUCAGUGACCAAGCAGAAAUUUGACAACCUCUACUGCUGCAAGGAGUCCAUACUGGACGGGUUGAAGCGAACCACUGACAUCAUGUUUGGUGGGAAACAGGUGGUGGUGUGUGGAUAUGGUGAGGUUGGCAAAGGUUGCUGCGCUGCCCUGAAAGCGUUGGGUGCUGUCGUGUACGUCACAGAAGUGGAUCCCAUUUGUGCCCUUCAGGCCUGUAUGGACGGCUUUAGAGUGAUUAAACUGAAUGAGGUGGUCAGACAGGUGGACAUGGUCAUCACCUGCACAGGCAAUAAAAACGUGGUGGGGAGGGAACAUCUGGACAGAAUGAAGAAUGGCUGCAUAGUCUGCAACAUGGGACACUCCAACACUGAGAUAGAUCUGGUGAGUCUGAGGACUGCAGAGCUGAGGUGGGAGCGGGUGAGGCCUCAGGUGGACCAUGUAAUCUGGCCUGAUGGCAAGAGAAUUGUCCUGCUGGCUGAGGGCCGUUUGCUCAAUCUGAGCUGCUCCACAGUGCCUUCAUUUGUCCUUUCCAUCACAGCUACAACUCAGGCACUGGCUCUCAUAGAGCUGUACAACGCUCCAGAGGGACGAUACAAACAGGACGUCUAUCUGCUGCCAAAGAAGAUGGAUGAAUAUGUGGCCAAUCUUCACCUGCCAACGUUUGACGCUCACCUCACAGAGCUGACUGAUGAUCAGGCCAAGUACCUGGGCAUCAGCAAACACGGGCCCUUCAAACCCAACUACUACAGGUAUUAACAUCUGGACAUAAAGGUGAAGGACAGAAGCUCCUCAGAUGGGCUAUCAUGGAUUUUACUCAGUCCUGAGGACAGAGCACUGACGCCCUCUACAGUCUGAAGACACAGAGACACAAUAUUGUGGAGAUAAACACUGCAAUUUAGUUCACUUUCUGAUUUCUGUAUCUGUUUUAUGUGUUUGAUUGUUCCUGGUUAUAAAUGUUCACAGUAUCAUAAAUGUAAUCACAGUGAUUUCUGAACCAACUGAAAUAUGAGGAGAAACACAAAAAGCUGAAUGUGUUAUUAUUUACUUUUCUGCUUGAAAAAACAACAAUAUCAUUUAUUAAACCUAUAGGGUUUGCA